CGGCGACCGGCGGCGCACAUUCGUCUCCUGGCACUCGCGACGCGCAGAGUUCCACGGUCGUACGAGAGAAAGCGACGCUAAAGACAGAACCCACAAGAGGUUUUUUAUAUACACACGAAGCACACGAAAGACAACACGACACAACCAUGAGGGAAAUCGUGCACAUUCAAGCCGGCCAGUGUGGUAACCAGAUUGGUGCCAAGUUCUGGGAAAUCAUCAGUGACGAGCACGGCAUUGACCCGACUGGAGCAUACCACGGAGACAGCGACCUCCAACUCGAGAGGAUCAACGUCUACUACAAUGAGGCAUCGGGUGGCAAAUACGUGCCCAGGGCUAUCCUCGUGGAUUUGGAGCCCGGUACCAUGGACUCUGUCAGAUCUGGCCCAUUCGGUCAAAUCUUUAGACCUGACAACUUCGUGUUUGGUCAGUCUGGCGCUGGUAACAACUGGGCCAAAGGUCACUACACCGAGGGCGCGGAGCUCGUUGAUUCGGUCCUCGAUGUUGUCCGCAAGGAGGCCGAGAGCUGUGACUGCCUUCAAGGCUUCCAGCUGACCCAUUCGUUGGGAGGUGGUACUGGAUCCGGUAUGGGAACCCUUCUCAUUUCCAAGAUCCGUGAAGAAUACCCUGACAGAAUCAUGAACACCUACUCGGUCGUCCCAUCACCCAAGGUUUCCGACACCGUUGUCGAGCCUUACAACGCUACCCUCUCGGUUCACCAGCUCGUUGAAAACACCGACGAGACGUACUGUAUUGACAACGAAGCCCUUUAUGACAUUUGCUUCAGAACGCUCAAACUGUCCACCCCCACAUAUGGUGACUUGAACCACCUUGUAUCUCUCACAAUGUCUGGUGUCACAACUUGCCUCAGGUUCCCCGGACAGCUAAACGCUGACUUAAGGAAAUUGGCAGUGAACAUGGUGCCGUUCCCGCGUCUCCACUUCUUUAUGCCUGGCUUCGCCCCUCUGACCUCUAGAGGCAGCCAACAGUACAGAGCCCUUUCGGUGCCCGAACUUACCCAACAGAUGUUCGACGCCAAGAACAUGAUGGCCGCCUGCGACCCACGACACGGACGUUACCUCACGGUCGCCGCCAUUUUCCGUGGACGCAUGUCCAUGAAGGAGGUCGACGAGCAGAUGCUCAACAUCCAGAACAAGAACAGCUCAUACUUCGUCGAAUGGAUCCCUAAUAAUGUUAAGACCGCCGUGUGCGACAUCCCACCACGUGGUCUCAAAAUGUCCGCUACCUUCAUAGGCAACAGCACCGCCAUCCAAGAACUGUUCAAGCGUAUCUCCGAACAGUUCACUGCUAUGUUCAGAAGGAAAGCUUUCUUGCAUUGGUACACAGGCGAGGGUAUGGACGAGAUGGAGUUCACUGAGGCAGAGUCCAACAUGAACGACUUGGUCUCUGAGUACCAGCAGUAUCAGGAGGCUACCGCCGACGAGGACGCCGAAUUCGACGAGGAGGCCGAGCAGGAGGUCGACGAGAACUAAGCCUAUCGCUAUUUCAUAGGAUUUAUUCUUUUCUUUUUUCUCACGUGCAUCCCCAGCUCCCUCCAACAUACACAUGCCAAGAGAAAAAAAAACCUCUACACACAAAUUAUAAAAACUAUAUGAUAAAAAACAAAAUUCCGCUUCAUCUUCGCCUAUUUAUCUUUCUCUCAAUUUCCGUAUUUUAUGUUCCCUCUAUUUUGCCCCUUAUUCUUUUUACUCAUUACGUUUGUUAAUAUUUUUUACGAAUAUAGUGCACCUGGUUGCGAAUCUCUGCGAGACGCGCGUGUUUUUACUUUUAUUUUCAUUUACCUAAAAUCCUAUAUUUCUCCGUCCUUUUUUAUCUCAUUUUUCAAAUUUAGUUUUCUUACCUGUCUGUCAAUCAUUGUCAAAGUGUACCAUCAAAUAUGUGAAGUGGUUUUCUCUUUUGUUAAACAACAAAAAUUGCUGAAAGUAAACACAAUUCCCAAUGUCGUGAUUUCGUUGUAUAUUUUCGAGAUUAUUAUUUUGUAUAGCGUCGACUCGAAAUCGCUACUAGCUACUUCAAGCUGCCACUUGUCAUGAAUUCUUAUUCGAAUAAAGGUACAUUUGAUUAACAAGCAAUUGAAAUGGUCGAAAUAUCCUUAUUAUUUUUCUUUUUAGAUAGCUUGGAAUGUGACCUUUUUAGGGCUUGGAAAAUAUUAACUUUUCGGUUCUUUAACUAUUACAUUUUCCAUUCGGAGGCAUUAGAUCAAUAAACCAAUUAAAAACCAAUGGUAAUGUUUUCAAACUUGUUCAUCAAUUGCCACUAAAACUAUUUUGAAAACGUUUUUCUGUACAAAUAGUAUCAGAUUUUUCAAAAUUUUCUAAUUAAACUGUUCAUGUCAGAUCAUUUCCAGUAUAAGGCGCAUGUGACUUUAUCUACAGUAGAUAUGUGUAUAAGUUGGAUAUAACUGGUGAAACCUUGUGCUAUCAGAUGGCUGUUCUAUCUUUGAUUUUCAUAUUGUUAAUAUGCUUUAAAACUACUUUUUUAUUUUUAUGCUUAAUACUGAAACUCGAUGUAACAUAUUCGCUACGUUUUUUAAAUUAACAAUUUAUAAUUUAAACGCAACAUCAGAAUCAAAUAAAGUGUAUUGCAAAACAA